AUGACGUCCAUUCAACAGCUCUUCGGUCUGGAAGGCCAGACGGCUCUCGUGACGGGCGGCACGAGAGGCAUUGGACAGGCUAUGGCCAUUGCUCUGGCUGAAGCAGGAGCCGACGUGUUGCUUGUGCAGGUAUGUCGUGGGAUAUUCAGAACGCAAUGCCUUGGAUCAGGCUGACGAAGAGAAGCGAGACGAAUCACAUCAGGAAACCAAGCAAGCAAUUGAGGAGCUCGGAAGGAAGUCGCAGAUAUACGUUGCCGAUCUCGCAUCGAACGAGUCGAUGAAAGCGCUGGUUCCGAGAGUGCUGAACGAUGGCCACCAGAUCCACAUACUCCUGAAUUGUGGCGGUAUUCAACGAAGACAUCCGGCACACCAAUUCCCAGACGACGACUGGAACGAAGUGCUGCAGGUCAACCUGAACGCCGUGUUCACGCUCUGCCGGGACGUCGGAGCCCACAUGCUGGCGCGGGAUGCCGACCGGCAUGGCAGGAGAGGGAGCAUCAUCAACGUGGGAAGUUUGUUGACGUUUCAAGGCGGAAUCAACGUGCCGGCGUAUGCGGCAUCCAAGGGCGCCGUGGGACAGCUCACUAAGGCUCUGUCCAACCAGUGGGCGGACAAGGGCAUCACGGUCAACUGCAUUGCGCCUGGCUACAUCGCGACGGAGAUGAACACGGCGCUGAUGAAUGAUGAGAAGAGGGCGACGUCGAUCUUGGAGAGGAUACCGGCCGGGCGAUGGGGGAGCCCGGACGACUUCAAGGGCAGCGUGGUGUAUCUGGCGAGCAGGGCCAGUGGCUAUGUGACCGGAGAGAUUCUGACGGUCGAUGGAGGAUGGAUGGCGCGAUGA